GCCCUCAAUCCCUCGUUUUGAUGGUCAUCACUACGACCAUUGAAGUAUGUUGAUGGAGAAUUUUCUCCGGUCCAAAGAGUAUUGGACCAUUGUUGAAGCUGGAGUUCCAGAACAAGCGGCAGGUGCAAAUGAUGCACAGAGGGCAGAAAUUGAGAAGGAAAAGUUGAAGGAUCUCAAGGCUAAGAACUAUUUGUUCCAAGCCAUAGAUCAGGUUAUCUUGGAAACAAUUCUUAACAAGUCUACUUCCAAGAAUAUUUGGGAUUCCAUGAAGAAGAAGACAAUGGCUAUUGCAAACAAGAUGAGGAACCAUGGUGAAAAUCUAGAGGAUGUUGCCAUAGUUGAGAAAAUCCUUCGGUCUAUGACAACAAAAUUCAAUUAUGUUGUUUGUUCAAUUGAAAAGUCAAAUAAUAUUGAGGCUCUAUCCCUUGAUGAGUUGCAGAAUUCAUUGUUAAUUCAUGAGCGGAAGAUAAAUCGCCAAGACAAGCAAGAGCAAAAAGUGCAGAUUUCGCAGACACAAGCCUUGCAGACCACAAUUAAUUCAAGGGCUGUAGCCACUGGAAUUCAGAAGAGGUGGCAGAACAAAAAUUAUCAAGCUGCAGAUAAUAGAUCCAAAUCUGUAGGAAAGGCAAAUAUUGAAUGCUUCAGAUGUCAUAAGUAUGGCCAUUAUCGUUCUGAGUGCCAUACUAAUCUGAAUAGAGGAGAAAGUUCCAAUUUUGUAGAACACAAUGAGAAGAAUGAUGAUUCCUCUCUAUUCAUGGUCUAUCAUCCUAAAGAAGUCAGCAAGAAGAAUGUGUGGUAUCUGGAUACUGGUUGCAGCAAUCACAUGUGUGGAGACAAAUCUGCGUUUUCAUAUUUGGAUGAGUCUUGUCAAGACAAGAUGAAAUUUGGUGAUAAUUCCACUAUUGCAGUCAAGGGAAGGGGAAAAGUAAGCAACACAGUGACAGCUUUCCUAAAGACAGAUCUUGAAGAGCAAAGCAGUCGCAAGACAUGGGUGUAUGUUUUGCAGACCAAGUCAGAAGCCUUAGCUGCCUUUAAAAAUUUCAAAGUCUUGGCUGAGAAUGAGGUUGGCAGAUCUGUAAAGGUUUUGCGGACAGAUCGUGGUGGUGAGUUUAAUUCAAAGGAAUUUGCAGAUUUUUGUGAGUCCAAUGGCAUUAAAAGACAACUCACAGCAGCCUACACACCUCAGCAGAAUGGUGUAUGUGAGAGGAGGAAUCGCACAAUCAUGAAUAUGGUGCGAAGUCUGAUGUCAAAGAGCGGCUUACCUAAGGAGUUUUGGCCAGAAGAUGUUAAUUGGAGUGUUCAUAUCUUGAACAGAAGUCCCACAUCUCCACUUCCAGAUUUGACGCUAGAAGAGGCUUGGAGUGGACGUAGACCUGCUGUUGAUUACUUCAGAAUUUUUGGGUGCAUAGCAUAUGCACAUGUGCCAGAUCAGAAAAGGAGUAAGCUUGAUGACAAAGGGGAAAAGUGUAUUUUCCUUGGUGUUAGUGAUCAAUCCAAAGCUUACAGAUUAUACAAUCCUUUAACCAAGAAGGUCAUCAUUAGUCGUGAUGUAGUGUUGGAUGAAGCAAGCACUUGGUCUUGGACAGAAAAAUCUGGGCAACAGAUUCUUGCGGAUUUCGAAAAUGGAGAAGAUCUAACUGUACAGAACUCAGAAGGUCAAACUUCAGCAGAUCUCGAGGUUUCAAGACAGACAGCUGAAGAAAUUCAACCUACAGAAGUAGAGUUCAGUAUUGGAGGAAGUCUGCCAAUAACACUAGAACUGGAAUCUGGAACUAGUUCCAGACCUCAACGCAAAAAGAGAAUACCAGCAUGGUUGGAAGAUUAUGAGAUUGUGAUCCCUUAACAUAUGAAGAAGCUGUUAAAGAAGAAAAGUGGCAAAAGGC